AAUACUUCACAAAAACAUUUUUCGUUCUGUUGGUCUUCAAUUCUAAACUAAAACAUAAUAUACUUCGUUGUAAACAUGUUAGGUUCCUUAUUAGAAAAAUAUUUUUCGUGCAUUUAUAUGUAAUAUAAGCACUUGAAUAAUUUAUUUGAUAAUUGAAAUUGCGCUCCCACUGUGCGUCAUUAUGUCAGUCAUUCAGAACACCUCAAACAGUAAAAUACAGAAAAAUAAAAGAGGCUCCAUGAUUCGUCCUCAAAGUGGAUUAAUUGAUGGAGAUUAUUACAUGGGCUUCCGAUCAGAUGCUGAAAAUGAACCCCUUUCACCAGCAUACAAGACACGACUGCAUACACUGUUCAGGCAAAUAGAAAAGGAAUUUGACUUACUUUACCAAGAAAACCAAAAUUUACACGAUAAGAUAGAUUUGCUAAAUGAGAAAGCAGAAAGGGAUACUUUUGAUAAACCGGACUGUGUAGAUUUUGAGAAUAAUUUUUCAAAAGCGUUGAGUAAGAAAUUGAGUUCAUCUUCACAAAAAAGUAAAACUGCUCACAAGUUGAAGGCUCAAACAAGUAAAAUAGUGUCUAGUUUUAAAGCCCCACAGUUUAGUUGCGGGUUAGUGAAAGAAUAUAUGGGACAUAAAGAUGGAGUUUGGGAAGUGUCUGUUGCAAGACCCGGUGUGCCAGUAAUUGGAACAGCAUCUGCUGACCACACAGCUUGUAUAUGGAGUAUUGAAAGUGCCAAGUGUCUCCUACAAUAUCAAGGACACGUCGGUUCUGUCAAUUCCAUUCGGUUCCAUCCUGCAAAGGAUCUUGUUCUCACUGGUAGCGGUGACUGUUCAGCGCACAUUUGGCAAGCUGCUCUGAAUUGGGACAUACCAAAGGGCCAGUCUUCUGAAGAAGAACUAGAAGGUGAUGAAAUUGACAAUAAAUCUGACGCUAAUAGAAUAUGUUCCUUACGAACACCUUUCCUAGAAUUGUCUGGUCAUAGUGGAGCUGUAUCUGCUGCUGAAUGGCUUGCUGGAGCCGAUCAAAUCAUAACUGCAUCUUGGGACCGCCUGGCUCUUUUACAUGAUGUCGAAACCGGUUCAAUUUUAACCACACUAGCAGGACACGAUCAAGAACUGAAUCAUACGGCAACUCAUCCGACUCAAAAAUUAGCAGUUACCUCGUCAAGAGAUACGACAUUCCGAUUAUGGGAUUUUAGGGAAGUUGUUCAUUCAGUUUCAGUAUUUCAAGGCCAUGCAGAAGGUGUUACUUCUGCAGUAUUCACACGUGAGGAUAAAGUCGUAUCCAGCUCAGAUGAUCGCAGUGUAAAAGUUUGGGACUUGAGAAACAUGCGCUCACCUGUAGCCACUAUAAGAGUAGAUUCUGCGGUGAACAGAAUUUCAGUAUCAGCGAACGGCGUUAUCGCCUUACCCCACGAUAACAGACACAUCAGAUUGUUUGAUCUGAACGGUCAGAGGCUCGCAAGGUUGCCCAGAUCGAGCCGUCAAGGACAUAAUCGCAUGGUCGCCAGUGUGGCCUGGGCGGAUGAUCCUGUCUGUGGAAUAAACUUGUUUUCAUGUGGAUUUGAUAGGCGUAUUCUUGGAUGGUCGGUAUUGUCUCUUAAGGAUUAGAAAAGAAGGGUCCUAGUUAGGAGUGAAUAAUCUUAAGGUUGUUUUUGUCAAUUCUUAACUUAUUGUUAUAAUGUCGUAAGUGUAAAUUAUCAGAAUAUGCUUGUUAAAAUUCUCCUGAUAAAAGUAUGAUUUUGUUUCUACUUUAAUAUAACUAACACAUAAUUAUUUUUAGAAAUAAUAAGUGUUAAGAUUUUAAGGUACUGAAAAGUAUUUCUUUGGUGUACACAGGAUGAGGACUUAUUUACAAGAUUAUCUGUGAAAUCUCAAGAAUGGUAAGUGAUAAAUAGUUCAUUAAAUUAAGGAGAUGUGUGUUUUUAAGAAUCCUUGAGAAAAUGAACAGAAUGUAUUUUAAUUAACCAAAAAAUUUUUAAAAGGGCAGUUAAAUAGGAAUUUUGAAUUUUUUUCAA